AUGGCUGAUGACGAAGAUAAACCAAAGAAACACACACUCGAUUCGUUAUUUCUGAUAUAUUGCAAUUUUAAGGUAAUACCCACAGAUCUGGAGAACGAGGAAUAUGAUUGCAUCUUGCUCUCCCAAGUCGAUUGCUGGCUUGAACAGGCCAAGUUAAUGCCCACGCCAUUUACGCGCACACAAACUGGAAUGAUUUAUAUGCGCUACAAAAAAUGGCGCCUCGAAUACGAAGACUUUUUGGAAAUGCUGGCCCAAUUGUGCUCCGACAACGAAAUGAAUCUGGACGAGGUUAAGGAACUGUUGAUCGAGGCGGGUGUACCAAGUGGUGGUGAGAUUGUCAUUGUCAAAUAGACCAAGUUCCGACGAUAAUAAAAAUACAUACAAAGGUGUGUGACAAAAUA